AUGAAAUAUGUUAAUGUGCUGAAAAAAACCCUAAUAUGUAAUAGGGUAUUAAAUACGCAUGGAAGGGAAAUGAAAUCAAUAGUGUUUCGAAAAUAUUAUACAAAUUUAUUGGAUGGAAAUAAACCGUUUCUCAAUUUGACAAAACGCUGUUUAUUUAGUAGCCAAUCAGGACAAGAUAAGGCAUACAGCGAAAGUAGUGACAAUGUAAAUAAUAACAAUGAGGAACAUAAUGAAAAUAUGGAAAUUAAUAAGAAAAGCUCAGAAUGUAAUGAUAAUAAAAAAAAUAUGAACAAGUCAGAAAAUUCUGAACAUUCAGAAGAAAAAAAUAAUAAAGAAAUAAAUUAUGAAAGUUAUAACAAAAUAGAUCUUAUUAAUGAAAUUAAAAAAACCAAAAAACAUAUGGAUGAAAAAUUAGUAGAUAAUCAAGUUUUAAAAGAAAAAUAUUUAUCUGUAUUAGCAGAAAAAGAAAAUUUAAGAACUAGAUAUAUGAAAGAGAUUGAAAAUAAUAAAUUAUAUUGCAUUAGUAAUUUUGCAAAAUCAUUGCUUGAUGUUGCUGAUAACUUAUCAUUGGCAAUUAAAAACAUAAGUGAGGAAUCUUUAAAAUCGAAUGAAGAGAUUAACAAUAUAUAUAAAGGAAUAGAAAUGACAGAAACUAUUCUUCAUAAUAUUUUUAAUAAAUAUGGAAUAGAUAAAUAUAACCCAAUCAAUGAAAAAUUUAAUCCCAUGUUCCAUGAGGCUAUUUUCGAAGUUAGCGAUACCACUAAAGAAAAGGGGACAGUUGCAACAGUUAUCCAGCCAGGAUAUAAAAUAAAUGAUAGGAUAUUAAGAGCCGCGAAAGUUGGAGUUGUAAAGAACUAA